AUGGAGUUUCAGCAGCUGAGUGAUCUAUUGAAGCUCUUGCUUUGCACUGGAGCGUUCAGGGAUUCUGUACAGGCCGAAGAAAGGCUGCAAAGUGAGGAAGCCGAGGAGCUGGAAGGUCUGGAGCCUACUGGAGGUGAGAAAGAGGAGGUGGCUGAUGAUGAGGAAGGUGGAAACACAGCUGAUGACGCAGGAGGAGAUGUGGAAGCAGAGGGAGCUCCUGAGGAAGAACCAGCAGUAGAGGAAGAUGAAAUAGAAGGAGUAGAAGAUGAUGAGACAGGAGGAGAAGAUGAUGAGACCGGAGAUGUAGAAGAUGAACAAGAAGAAGAUGAGGAGACAGGAGGAGUAGAAGAUGAACAAGAAGAAGAUGAGGAGACAGGAGAAGUAGAAGAUGAACAAGAAGAAGAUGAGGAGACAGGAGGAGUAGAAGAUGAACAAGAAGAAGAGGAAGAUGAGGAGACAGGAGGAGUAGAAGAUGAACAAGAGGAAGAUGAAGAGGAGGAAGAGGCAGAUGAAGUAGCAGAGGAUGAGGUAGAUGUAGAAGAAGAUGAUAAUUCAGCACAACAGACAGCAGAGGAAGAAGAAACUGCAGCAGAAGAGGAAGCACAAGAUGAGGAAGAGGCAGAUGGGGAAACGGUAGCUGCUGAUGAAGAUAAUGAGGAGGCUGGAGAUGAAGAGACUGUAGUUGAGGAUAAUGCUGAAGAAACUGCUGAGGAGGAAAAUGUAGAGUCAGAAGAAGUGGUCUCCAUGGAGGAUGAACAGUAUAGAUCAGGCUCUUUCUGUGGCCUUUGCUCAGUCUGUGAGCACUGCGGCACCUGUGACAAAUGUCCCUGUGAGGAAGGAGACACAUCAGCACACUGCCAUCACUGUGAAGAUUGUUCCUACUGUUACAUUUGUCCUGUGAUCUGUGAGACAGUCUGCCAGCCAGGUGGAAUUCUUGAUGUAAUAAGCGGUUCUCUCUACCAGACGGUGAAGACAUUACUGUGAAUACGUUUGGUGUUCUUCACAGCGCCAUCUUUUGGUGACAAGAGGAAUUACAGACUCAUGGUCAAAUAAUUCACUUGAAGACCAGAUCUGGGGAUUUUCACACUGAGGCCAAUAAUGGGAGUGGACAAUCUACUAUAUAUUAGAUAUAAUUGAGGAACUGCCAGGACCCUAAUGUUUACCAUUUAAUGAAACUUUAAAGGUGACUUUACAUGCUGCAUUAAAUGAAUAACAAUUAAAUAUGAUUAAGUGCAAAGGUUCUUAAAUAAUAUUUCACAACAUUA